AUGCCAGGAAGCGCAAAAAUUAGGAAUUCAUCGGAAGCUGCAGAUAAUUUCAAAAAUGACUCUGAUAAGGAAGAUGAGUAUAGACAGAGGAUUUUGGGUCACUCCAGGAUUAACUUUUUUUUGUGGGCUAAUGUUAAUGAGGUGAUUGUUGGAAGUGGAUGUCCUAAUCUGCUAAGGAAAGCUAUUAAUUCAGCUAAAAGAUUGAGAGCCUAUGUCAGACUCGAUGAAGGGGAUUUUGCUCAUAAAGAUUGUAUACAGGAAUGGUGUAACAAGAAAGGGAAUACAACUUGUGAAAUAUGUCUUCAUUUUGAUGCUACAAAAUUAAGAAAGCUAAGACCAAGUUUCAAGCAGAACGAGGGCUCUGUUACUGCUGGAAAUGCUUCAAUCAUAAGUUGCAUUAGUCCUAGUGAGUGGAGAGAAGGCACUUUAACUUGGAUUGCAACUCAAAGAAGAUUAUCUUCGCAGGCACCUAAAUUCUUUACAACUGCUCCAGCCCUUGUGAUACCAAAAGCUAUUUCAAAUGCUGGUUUAGAUGCUUCUCAGAUUGAUUACUAUGAAAUAAAUGAAGAGUUUUCUGUUGUAGCUCUAGCCAAUCAAAAGCUGCUUGGUCUUAAUCCUCUUUGCUCACGGGAAGGUGCUGAUGUGGUCAUGCUUUCUGGAGAAACUGCCCACGGAAAGUAA